CCAGGAUCCACGUCCAGGACCAGCGGGGAGACCGAGCAGCUGCUGCAGGUUCUAGGAGGAAUUUAGGAGGUUUUUAUUCCUACAUGUCCCCGGGAUUCUGACCCACAACCUCCCGAAGAUCCUGCAGGACCAGGAACUGCAGAUCCUGGAGGUUUGAUCUCUGGAGGAAGCUCCGUCAUGAUCAGAGCUGCCACCAUGGAGAUUCCCAUCAACAGUAACGGAGACACGGAGUCAACGGAGGAACUGGAGCAGGCGGCUAAGCUGCAGUGGAGUUUAGAUGAGAGAGUAGGAAACUCCAGAGACUCCAGGGAUCUGCAGCAGGUGAUGGUUUCUGGUCCGAACCUCAACGACAGCAGCGUCGUCUCCGGGGGUUACGGGGGAGUGGAGGGAAUCAUCAGCACCGGCUCCAUCGCAGGCCCGGCGGUGAACUACAACCCCGACUUUAACAAACGGAUCCCGGUUACAGGAUUAGGUCCCAGCAUGCACCACAGCGGCAGCAGCUCGUCGGUGACGUCGGAGCAGCCGAGCCGCGGCGUCGCCGUGGAGAAGCUGGAGACGGUGAAGCAGUGGGGCCUCAACACCUACAAGUGUACGAAGCAGCUGCUGUCGGAGCGUUUCGGCGGCGGUUCUCGCACCGUGGACCCGGAGCUGGAGUCCCAGAUCCAGGCCCUGCGGGACACCAAGAGGAAGUACGAGAACCUGCUGCGGCUAGCGCGGGCGCUAACCAACCACUUCUACAACCUGGUGCAGACGCAGCACAACCUGGGAGACGCCUUCGCCGAGCUCAGCCAGAAGUCGCCGGAGCUGCGGGACGAGUUCGGCGUCAACGCGGAGACGCAGAAGCUUCUCUGCAGGAACGGAGAGACGCUGCUGGGAGACGUCAACUACUUCCUGUCCAGCGUCAACACGCUAGUCAACAAAACCAUGGAGGACACGCUAGCUACAAUCAGGAGCUACGAGAACGCUAGGCUGGAGUUCGACGCCUACCGGUCCGACCUGGAGGUGCUGAGUCUCGGCCCCAGGGACGCGGUUGCCAUGACGCCCAGGGACGGCGUUGCCAUGGCGCCCAGGGACGUGGUUGCCAUGGCGCCCAGGGACCCGGUUGCCAUGGCGCGUAUGGACGCCGCCCAGCAGCAGUUCCAGGUCCACAAGGAGAAGUACGAGCGUCUUCGCUCCGACGUCAUCGUCAAGCUCAAGUUCCUGGAGGAGAACAAGGUGAAGGUGAUGCACAAGCAGCUCCUCCUCUUCCACAACGCCGUCUCCUCGUACUUCGCCGGGAACCAGCAGCAGCUGCAGGAAACGAUGGCGCAGUUCAACGUCCGGCUGAGGCCCCCUGGGGGCCCCGGGGGGGCCGGGGGGGGCCCGUCCUGGCUGGAGGAGCAGUGAGGGGCCCUGGGGGGCCCCCGGGGGCCCCUCAGCCCCCCCAUGGGCCCCCCAUGUGGCCCUCUUCGGCUCAUCCACGCCGAGGCUGAUGGGAAGAAGAGAAGAAGAAGAGAUGUCACUAAACACUACUGUAAAACUUCUCCCCAACCAUGAGCUGAACUUUUUCAGUUUGGAAUAAACUUCAUCUCCGUUUGUAACUUAUGAAAACGUUGCGUUUAGUUUUUAAAUAUAUAUACAUAUAUUUACAUUGAGAGUGUUGUGUACGUGCGUGGAGGACGUGAACGUGUGACGUAUUUGAGCUGAAAGACUUUCUUAGAUGUGAUCGAUUUAUGAUUGAAAUAUUAUUGAUAUAUGAUUGAAAUAUGAUUGAAAUAUGCAACGAUCCCUGGAGAAAGUCCGGUUUGUUUCAUCCAGAGAUGCUGAAGUUUACGUGAAAAUUGGUUAAAUGUGACCCGAGUUCUUUAAAAACGCAGCUUCCAGUUACUGAACUGGAUUCAUCCGUUAGAUAAUCAAUAACUAUUGAUGGGGAACCAUCACUUCCCUAUGGCAGAGUCCAUCCUCGGUUUGUGACCUUUGACCCCGACGAAGGUCACCUUUCCUUCACACUGAAGACUCCUGGCCGCCUGAGAUUAAUCAUCUUAAUUAAUCAUCUUAAUUACCGUAAUCAUCUUCAUUAAUCAUCUUAAAGGUAUUGUGACAUGAAAAAAAAAUUUUUCUUGAUUUUUUUAGUUUAGUUGGGUGUCUUGACAUCAAUUACACCCAAAAAAAAACAAACUUUUAACAUUCCGUGUAUUGUGUGCUUUCUGGGAAUUUCCGCAUAAUUGUGCAAAAACGGCGCACCUGGUUUGGUGGCGGACCGUUACGUAUAGACCCGCUAAAUCGCCGCCCCCUCCACCCAGCUCCCUGCCCAUCAGCACUGAGCUGGAGGGAGAGAGACGUCUCUCCUCUCCACCCGCGCUCUGCUUUUUUUUUCGCCUACGACCUCAGAUCAGACGAGACAACCCGCUGAAUUUAAGCAUAUGACUAAGCGGAGGAAAAGAAACUAACAAGGAUUCCCUCAGUAGCGGCGAGCGAAGAGGGAAGAGCUCAGCGCCGAAUCCCCGUCCGAGCGGCGGGCGUGGGAAAUGUGGCAAUGUGGCAAUGAUUGACAGGAAAGGGGGAAAAGGACGCGUUUUUCACUGCGAAAAAAACACCGUCAUAAAAAGCCAGGAAUGGAGUACCGGAGUGAAGUUUUUCUUGUUACACCCUUUUAGACACAUUUGAGGGAUGUUGGCCAAGACUUUUAAUAGUGUUAAAAGCAUUUUAAAAAUUAUGUCACAAUACCUUUAAUGUUGGAUCAUCAAACCUAGAGAAUCAGAGUCUGGACGAUGUUUUAGAUCAAUCAUCGUCUGAUCAAUCAUCGUCUGAUCAAUCAUCGUCUGAUCAAUCAUCGUCUGACUCCAGAACUGGUUUAAACGGAAGAGAAUCAGGGCCAAAAGAGAAUAUUUGAGAGGGGAAGAUUUGUUUUUAUUGUGUAGAAAAAAGUCGAAAUUUCAAGAAAAAAAUUGAAAUUUUGUGAAUAAAGUCGAAAUUUUGAGGAUAAAAUUGAAAUACAUUUCAACUUUUUUCUCGACAUUUUGACUUUUCUCGAAGUGCAUAAUGAAAAAUAAUCUCCCUCUAAAAUAUGAUUUUAUUUUCCUCCUGCCCUGAUUCUCUUCCGUAGGUUUUGUCUUAACGUCUUAACGUCUUAACGUCUUAACGUCCCGCUGGAUUUCUUCCGUGUUGAUGGAUGGAAGUGGACGAGCCGACGGGUUUCAGAGGAGCCUGAUCAAUAACUGGACAAUAAUCAGAUCAAUACAUGUAUUAUUGAUGAUCUUCAUGACUGAAGCAAUAGAGACUCUGAUGAAUCAUGUGUUUGUUUUUUAAUAAACGGAAGAGAAUCUGGUGAAAAAGUCUUUCUGAAGACGAGAUGUUUUAUUUCUGUACCGUCGGACGUUUUCUAGCCCAGCUGUUAUUGAUUAUUGAUUCUGUCCUGAUUAUUGAUCCUGUCCUGUACAAAUUAUUGAUCGAUUGAAAGUCCCACAAAUUAAAAGUACACGUUUUCAUAA